AGACAGCGCCCAGAUUGUUAAGAAGCUGGGCGUCUUAAGUCGUGCGAACCAUAUCCAUAAGACGAUAAACGAAUGGGAAUUUCCGGAUAGCACGCACAAGUGGGUGGGACCUCGAAAUCGUUGGCAGGAUGUCUCUCCAUUUCCAAUUCCCUCCCCAAUCUUCUUCCAAUCUUGCUCUGUAUGUUACUCUCCAAAAACCAACGAAAUUUCAAGUAGGAGUGAGCGAUUGUUCAACAUUUAGUUGAGCAAUGGAGACCCAAAUUAUACCCUGCAACUCUUGCACUCCCGCGCCUAUUCCAUCCAAACUAGGCAACCAAUCCAACUUUUCACCCAAACCCACUCUGUCUUUCGCCGAAAAACCACACCCAAAAGUUGCAGAUUCUUACUUGAAUUACCUUCGCAAAAAUGGGCGCCUUAGCGAGGCCGUAACGGCUCUUGAUUCCGUUGCUCAACGCGGGUCCAAGGUAAAGCCCAAAACCUAUCUUAAUCUGUUACAGUCUUGCAUUGAUGCGAAUUGUAUUCAAUUGGGUCGGAAGCUACAUGCACGUAUUGAUUUAGUCGAGGAGGUGAACCCAUUCGUGGAGACCAAGAUCGUGAGCAUGUAUGCUAAAUGUGGGUGCUUGGAUGAUGCGCGUAAAGUGUUUUAUGAAAUACGUGUGAAAAACUUGUACACUUGGUCGGCGAUGAUUGGUGCCUGUUCGAGAGAGCAGAGAUGGAGGGAAGUGGUGGAACUUUUCUUUGAUAUGAUGGAAGGUGGUUUUGUCCCUGAUAGUUUUCUGUUCCCAAAGAUCCUGCAAGCGUGUGCGAAUUGCAGGGAUUUUGGGACUGGGAAGCUGAUACAUUCCUUGGUGGUUCGAUGUGGGAUGAGUCGUUGCUUGCGCGUUAACAAUUCAAUCUUGGCUGUAUAUGCGAAGAGCGGGAAAUUGAGUUCUGCUAGGAGGUUUUUCGAAAACAUGGAUGAGCGGGAUAGGGUGACUUGGAAUGCAAUCAUAUCUGGGUAUUGCCAGAAGGGUGAUAACGAGGAAGCUCGUAGAUUGUUGGAUGCAAUGUGUGAAGAAGGGGUUCAGCCAGGUUCAGUGACUUGGAACAUAUUGAUUUCUAGUUAUAACCAGUUAGGGCAUUGUGAUGUUGCCAUGGAAUUGAUGAGGAAGAUGGAUAGUUUUGGAAUAACUCCCGAUGUCUUUACUUGGACUUCUAUGAUUUCAGGGUUUGCUCAAAACAACAGGAGAAGUCAGGCAUUGGAUUUGCUGAAGGAUAUGCUUUGGGAAGGGGUUGAACCAAAUGGGGUUACGCUUACAAGUGCAAUUUCAGCUUGUGCGUCUUUGAAAUCACUAGACAAGGGAAUGGAAAUCCAUUCUAUUGCUGUUAAGAUGGGUUUCAUAUGUGAUGUAUUGGUUGGAAAUUCACUUGUUGACAUGUAUUCCAAGUGUGGAGACUUGGAAGCAGCACAACAAGUCUUUGAUAUGAUCUUAGAGAAAGAUGCAUACACUUGGAACUCAAUGAUCGGAGGAUAUUGCCACACUGGCUACUGUGGUAAAGCCCAUCUCCUCUUUAUGAAAAUGAAGGAAUCUGGUGUACCACCUAAUGUAAUCACGUGGAAUGUGAUGAUCUCGGGAUUUAUGCAGAAUGGAGAUGAGGAUCAAGCCAUGGACCUGUUCCGCAUGAUGGAAAAGGAUGGGAAAAUUAGGCGUAAUACAGCUUCAUGGAAUUCUCUUAUUUCUGGUUACCUGCAUAUUGGGGAAAAGAACAAAGCGUUUGGAAUAUUUAGACAAAUGCAGUCUUCCUUUGUUAUUCCCAACUCUGUCACAAUUUUAAGUGUCUUACCUGCGUGUGCAAAUUUAGUUGCGUGGAAGAAGGUAAAAGAAAUCCACGGUUGUGUGAUCCGUAGAAACUUGGAGACCGAACUUUCUAUAGCAAAUUCGCUUAUUGACACUUAUGCGAAGUCUGGGAAUAUAGCCUAUUCAAGAACAAUAUUUGAUGGAAUAUCUUCCAAAGAUGUCAUCACCUGGAACUCAUUGAUUGGUGGUUAUGUUUUACAUGGUUAUGCAGAUAAUGCACUUGAUCUCUUUAAUCAGAUGAAGAAGCUCAGAUUCAGACCCAACAGAGGUACCUUUGUGAACGUUAUCUUUGCCUACAGUCUUGCUGGAAUGGUGGAUGAGGGGGAGAAAGCUUUUUCUAGCAUCACUGAAGAGUUUCGAAUUAUACCGGCUUUGGAGCAUUAUUCAGCUAUGGUAUGCCUGUAUGGCCGUGCAGGGAGGCUUUCAAAGGCAAUGGAGUUUAUUGAAGAUAUGCCCAUUGAACCUGAUUCCUCUACUUGGGCUGCCUUACUCACUGGCUGUAGGAUUCAUGGAAAUAUUGGCUUGGCAAUUCGUGCGGGAGAAAGUUUGCUUGACUUAGAACCGGGGAAUUUCCUGAUUCACGAGUUAAUUCUCAAGGUAUAUGCUUUAUGUGGGAAAUUUGGGGAUGCUUCCAAAACGAGAAAGCUUGAAAAAGAGAAUGCAUCACAAAAAUUUCUAGGGCAAUGCUGGAUUGAAGUUAGAAACAUAGUCCAUACGUUUCUUGCAGGUGAUCAAUCCUCAGAUGUGCUAUAUUCUUGGAUACAAAGAAUACAAGAGAAGGUUAAGGGACAUGAUAUUCAACAUGGGCUUUGCAUUGGGGAGGAAGAGAGGGAAGAGAUCGGUGGGGUUCAUAGUGAAAAACUUGCAUUUGCUUUCGCCAUGGUAGGCUCUAAUGCACCUAAAGUUAUAAGGAUCGUAAAAAACCUAAGAAUGUGUGAUGAUUGCCACAGGGCAGCCAAAUAUAUCUCUGUGGCAUAUGGAUCUGAAAUAUACUUGAACGACUCACAGUGUUUCCACUAUUUUAAAAAUGGUCAUUGUUCUUGUAAGGAUUAUUGGUAGAGUUGAAAUAAAAACUGUUGAAGUCCCCAGAUCAGCUUCAUCAAAAUCAUAGAGGCUUUUUGGAGGGUUCAAGAUUUGUUUAAGCUGUCAUGGUUCUUGUAAUGACAUGUGAGUGAAAAAGGAUGGAGAUCACUUGUAUUCACAUUCAGGCAAUUUCUGACCAGGAGAUAUGCUUCCAAAUGUAAAUCAUGUCCAUAUACUUAUUUGAUAAGAAUUGCAUUCACGAUCAGCUUUUGCAUUGUGAAUUCUUGACCUCGUCACCAUGAGCAGGUAUAUAAUUUGAGAAAUGGUUCUUUCACUGGUCUGUAGUGAUCGCUGCCAAGGAAGAUAAUGCUUUCUUCAAUAGGUGAUUAUUGAUCCUCACGUUUGAUAUCGUCUGAAAGUAUUUUUGUUUAAUGCAAUUAUCCCAAUGGUAUCUUGACUCACUUCAUUGGCUGUCAUAGAACUGCAAAUUACCUUUUGGGCAUAUGGAUUGCCGAUCCCUAUAGAUUCUUGUUACAUAUCAGGUGAACGUGCAAUGAUCACAUUGUAGUGAACCUAAGCCAAAACCCAAACAUGUAUACAAGUCUUUUGGUUAUUUUGUUUCGAGGUUCAGAGGCAUGGCAUAUUCUGAAAAUUGUUGUUUGAAGAACCCAAGCUUCAUCACAGUUUUGUCUGGGACUGGAUUGGUGGUAAUUGCCAUUAUGCAAUUGCUGAAGUUUUUUCUUGUAGUCAUUUUCUUAAUCCCGUCAGAUAUGAACGGACCAGUUCUCAGUACCAUUUUUAAUGAUGUCUCCAUUGGAGGGGUCUGUCCCGCAAUUGUGUAUGGCAUACAUGGUGUGCUAUGAGAGAGAGAGAGAGAGAGAGAGAGAGAGAGAGAUGUGCCUGCCUUCUUUGUCUAUAAAUACCACACAGUUUUAUAGAGCUUUAUAUAGUCAUAGAGAAUUUUGUGUUGGAGACAAGGUGAUCCCGAGACCUUGAGGGUUUCCAGGUAGAUAUAUAGUGUCUUAUAAUUACAGUACUCAUUGAGAUUUAUUUAUUUUUGCAUGAUGCAGGCCUGUUAUUUUAUAACAGGCGGAGUUCAAGGGUUCUAUGUUCUCAGAAGUUCCAAAAUGGUCUCCACUGAUCAUGAAUGAAGCCCUCACAUCUUUAGAAGAAUGUGAAUCUGUGAUGGCUUUUUUUUUUUUUUUUUUUUUUUUUUUUUUUUUUUUUUUUUAAUUUAUUUAUUUUUUUUUUUUUUUAUGGAACUCUUCCUGUCUUGUUAGAGUAAUAGUUUGGCCACCGCUGGUGGCCCCCGCUGGCCUUCUUUUUUAAUUAGUAAUAGGUGGCCUAUCGGUGGCUCUAGUUGUACUCAUCAAUUAGUAAUAGGUGGCACGUCCUAAAUUAAGGGAAAAAUAUAAACGCACCGUAUCAGUUAAUUUUUUAUACGCUAUUAUAAUUUUUAA